UUUUUUUUAAAUCCAACGGCAGUCACACCGCUCGUAAACCAGCACGUGUGUGCGGGUGUUUUUUGUAUUUAAUUUUUAAUUAUUCCUUAUUUUGAUAAAUAAAUAAGGGAAAAGAAAGCACUAUGGCCAUCCAAGCAAACCGGCGAAAGAGGAAACACGAGGAGGCUGAUACAGAACAGCUGGACGACGGCGAAGUGGAGGUUCCUAAGAAAAUUUCAAAGGAGUCGGAUACGCCGAAGAAAAAGAAAGAAAAGGUAAAUAAAAAUGCUGAAAGUCCAGCCGAUGAAACAACAGAAAAGUCCGAAGAAACUCCACCUCAAAACAAAAAAUCAAAGAAGCCAAAGUCCCCUAAAGGUAAUGAGACGCCACAGGUGGAAAUGGAUGUGGAGGAGUCUCCCUCUAAAAAGAGCAAGAAGCGAAAGGAUAGAAAGAGUAUAAACGGUGAGGACGGUGAGGAAAAGGGUCAGGAUGAGGCCGAGAUCAGUCCUGAUUCUGGCAUUGAACCCGAGGAGAGUGCGCCAAAGUUUCCCAACGACUUCAAAAUGAUGCACUUUCGCAGCAAGCUUCGUACAAAUAGCUUUAUUACAGAGCUUCGACACUUCCUGUACAUGUGCACCACUCGUCCCAAAAUCGUGGCCAAGUAUAUUGAGAAGCGCGGGAAGCCGUUGGAGCUCGUGGAAGCCUUCGACCGAAUCGACAAGAACAACCUUUUCCACGCUGAUUACCUUACCGAGGCGCUGCAAAGGAUUGUAAUGGAGGUAGUCACCAACCAGAAGAGCCACUUGGAAUCUGCAGUCGCCGCCUGCCGCUAUUUCCUCAAAGUCCACGGUGGAGUGCUCGAUAGUCUUCUCCAGUCGUCGCGACCAAGCCAUCGGCGGAAUGCUCUUAAACUACUUACGGCUAUCGUUUGCAUAGAUCCGCAGCUGGGUCGUCAGGUUCUCAACUCCUAUGAUGUGCUCUCCAACAGCGCGGUGAUGCAGCAGAUGUUGUCGCAUGCGAAAAACGACUACGAGAAUGAGGAUACAGUGCGCAAGGCGUAUAUACACUUUGUACUGGCAUUUCUGGUCGAUGGAAACACACUGCUAAUAAGAAAUAUCCUAGAUCACGGCCAGUUGAUUGGUGUUCUGGCCAAGGGCUUGGUCUAUGACGACCAUGUCACCGUGUGCGUGGUACUCAACGCCUUGAGGCAGUACGUUCUGGAGAACCCAGACAUUCAAAAGACCAAGAAGGUCAUCGUUUUCGAUUUGGAAUGCUGCAAGUACCUGCGUCGCUUGUAUGAUUGGGAGGGCCCCGCAGGGCUCAAAUUGUUCUUCAGCAAGCAAAAAGCAAACACAAAGAUCGCACCUAACCCACAGGAUGCGGAGGCAGUCUCGGCAGCAGUUCACGAACUAUUGCUGGUGCUGCUUACUUCCCGAAAGCACGGAAUCUGUUUCGAUGCCAUGACUCACUACCGCCAGAAGCAAAACAAGAUGCAAGGCAAGCUGCUCGGAUCACUCUACAAGCCCUACGAGAAUCCCCGCAAGGUCGAUCUGGUUAUCAAGACCGUAAAAGCCUGCCCCGAUUUGGGGCGCAACACUGUGAGGAAUGUGUCGGGCUUACUAAGCCCCGCUAGAACCGGCAUCGCAGACGUGGACAAGGUGGCUACAUUUCUGGCUCAGAUCAUAGAUGCUGUGCCCCCCAGUGCCCUCGGCGCCGCCUUCAACAAGAUGACGCUCACCGAUUUCAGUUUUUGGAUCAAAAAUCUGUGUCUGCCGAUUGAAGGCCUGCUCCAUAUUACGGGUAAAAGUUAUCUCAAUCACGGAGACUUCAAUUUGAGAUUGGCAGUGGAGAAAUUGCUCCUCUCCAUGAUGCGGCAGUACAGCAACUAUGUCCAAGCCAUAGCCUUGCGGGAACAGUCGAAGAAAGCUGGCAACUCCCUAAGAAAAUUUAAAUUCGAUCUUUUGAAUCAUCUGCUAGUUCAUUUUCCCACUAUUGAAUCAGUGCUGUACUCCCUCUUUUUGGCCAUCCGGCAGCAGAAAAAUAAUGAAGAUGUUGAUGUUCUGGAGUGUCUUUCUAUCACCCUGGACUUGGUACUGCUUAUGUGCAAGGAGAACCGAGCUUUUGUGAACCAAACAAGUCAGAUUCUCAACUACUUGGAGGUCUUGCGACCGCUGUACCAAACUGAUUUCCUCAAUUCCGAUCGUCCGCAAGAACUGAAAAAGAUCCAACUGGAGUUGAAGUCGAUUCGAACUAUUCUAUUACUGUUUCCCCUAUCACUUAAUCCGCAGGAGAAACUCUUCGGCAAUGUUUUCGGUUCGUUCAUCAAAGCUUACAGGCUGGAGGAUGUGGCCAUUAAAUCCGAGGCGGGAAACAUUCUGCACAAGCUCUUCCACAACACGGGCCUCUUCGAUUCCUGUAGCCACGAAAUAAAUAUCUGGCUUGAGGCCCUCAUCGGAUUCGAUCCUGAUAUAGCAUCCACUGUGGAGAGCAUCCUGCUGACGAUACUUUGCUUAGAUUGGCGGCAGAUCGCACUCCCGCAACUGAGCAUUGCAGAGACCGAAACUAAAAACGAAAACCUUAGCAGACUUUUUGCACAAAUCGAGCAGGGCCAUACGGUACAGGCGUAUGUUGAAACUCUGACCUUGAGCAAGAUGAUGCCAUUACUGCUCCAGGGAGUGGUACUCGAAGCUCCCUAUGACGCCUAUGUGGAGCUAGUCUUUGUUCUGCUGUUUCACUAUCACACCCAGCCGGAACUGGUGCUGAAACUUUAUAGCACUCAUCUGGAUAAGUACACUGACUACAUGAAGAGUUGGCUUCCGUCUAGCGCCGGAAAAGAAAAGCCCAAGAAACUUCCAUCCGUCAUAGCCGAAAACUGGCCAUUACUGAAGCAAAUGCGCAAGGCCCUUACUGACGAGGCCGUCCAACCAUUUGAGCAAAUUUUCAAGGUCGAUACGGCCGACAAAAACUUUGAAUUGAAGCUGAGCGAGGGGCAGACUAUGCUGUUGCAUCCCAGUCUAGUUAAUCCGCGACGCAACAUGAUCUACGUCCAGGACCUGCUUUUCGUUUUCACCCAUUCUUUCUCCAGCCAGCGAUUGAGUAAACUUCAGGCGGAGUUGGUGGCCGAUUAUCUGAUCAAGUUCCUCCAAAUAGCUAAUCAGGUGGAUGAUGGUCGGGAGGAAGUCUUAGGGGAUGAUGAGCAGCAGCAAGACGAAACCCAUACCCAGAGCUUACUGCACUACAUUUACAACAUUCGCCUGGGUCAACUGCAUCCCACGGAGCUGCUGAGUGUUACGAGUGAAACCCGUUUGAAUUAUGUGAUCUUCCUGCGCCGUUUGACGGAAUUUUGUCGCACCUUACCUCGAUUUGAGAGCUACUCUUCCUACUACCGCCUGCAUCUGGUCAAGGCUCUGAAUAUUGCCCUGGAUUCUUUGGAGGAGCAAUGCGACCAUCCACAGCAACUUGUGGAGUGCGUGGCUCUGGUUGACGCCUUUGAACUGAACUCCAGCGAAUGUGUUCAGAUACUGGAGCUCCUCACUACCAAACUGGAAGCUAAAGACUUCCUAACGAAGACCAAGCCAAAUCACUUCUUCGAUCUGUUGCUGCGCCUUCUGGCCCGUCUGGUUCUAUUGAAGGAACCCGUCGACUGCCACAAAUCCUUAAAAGUACUUCUCAGCUUCUACAAAGAUUUCUGUGAGCUGCACGAACAACAACUGGAACCUUUGGAGGUGGCCCUGCUGCAGUUCCUGACCAGCUAUCACCAUCAUUUGGCCGCUUGCGAUGAAGACUUCUUCGGAUGCUUCUUUGGUGCCACUAGGAAGCUGAGCAAAUCUGCCAUUCGAAUGGCUACUUUGCUGCUGGAGCGGCGGCACCAAUUGGCCGACAAGUUCGCAGAACUGCUACCAAGUAACAUAGAGCAGAAGGAAUUGGUCUAUCCACUUCUGGACAUAGCCCUGACCAAGAACUAUCAACUACCUCAUGCUGUGCUGCAGCGAUGCUACCAGACCUAUAAGAAUGGCUUCAUGAAGAGCAUUGAGAAGCCGCAGAAGGCAGCUCUCAUUUACCGGGAACACCCAGAGGCCAGUGCCCUACUCAUUGCCCAGUGCAUGCCCAAGUCGGAGUGCCUGGAUUACUGCCAGAAGCAGUUGAAGCUCGAUUCGGUGGAGCUCUUCCAGGUGCGAGUUCUGCGAGAGAUCUAUUGGCAGGCCUUUGGGGCUGCCAAGGAUGAGAAACAAAAGGCCACAAUCUUCGUCAACUACAUCAACCUCAAUGUCCAGCUACUGGCUCUGGACUUGAAGAAGCAGGCCCUGGACUUGCCCAAGUUGCAGCAAAUAUCGUGGAACUGCUACGAGUGGUGGGAGGCUCACCACAGCGACCCCGAAUCGCUCCCUCUGGAUUGGAGUCGCUUGCUGGGGAAUCCGCAGUGGUUUAAUUUCUGCAAGAGCUGCCUGAAACUAGCUCUCCAUCUGGCCGAGGAGCGUCUCCCGUUGCAGGACCAAACAAACGGUCUUGUCCUCAAACUGAUGGCCUUUUUGUGCAACUUAAUGUACGAGGACUACAAGGAGGAAGCUCAGGGCGAGGAGGAUGCUUCGCCUGCGCUGCUCUACGAAAUGAUAUGUACUCACUCCUGCUGCUUUGAUCACCUCUUGGGAGGCGAGACUGAGACGAAGACUUAUCUGCUGCAGCUUAUGGAGACGCUGGCCAGGAAGGGUCCCAGUGCCCUGCAAUCCUCCCACAUACCGGUAAUUCUUGGCUCCUACCAUGCGAAACUUUCUCCUGCAGAUCGUUACACACUCGCCCUGCUGGAGCACUACGAACGCUUCGACGUGGGAUUGGACCAGUACCGACCCUUCAUCUGGGGCGAGAGCGCCGUAGCCCAUUACGCCUUGCGGGCGGCGGAUGAGGAUGAAAGGGCACGACUGCAGCAGCAGGAGACGAACGUGGCCCAGGUGCUGGCGUUGAUCGUGCGUGAGACCAGCGAGUACACCAUUGAGAACUUCCCCAUCUGGAGAAGCCUGCAUGCCAGCCAACAACUGCCUUCGGUGGAGUUCCUUGAUCCGGCUAAGAAAUCCCAAAACUUCGGUGACAAUCAGCUCGAAAAAAUGGUGGAACAGGGCAUUUUGGACUUCCCCCAGGAGCUGCGGCGUAUUUGUCCAAAGAGGGAGAAAAUAUACGAGUCGUGCUACGAUCCUGCUUUCCUGCUGCCCCUGAUGAUGCACUGCUUCGCUCCGGAAUCGGUGGUGUGGGCUCGCUGGCCCGUGCAAAAUGGUUUGCUGGCCAUUAGCUUCUGUGGACUGUCCUCCCUGGACAGGGACAUGCGAUUGGCGGCGGCCAGUUGCCAGCAGCGGUAUCGCGCUCAUUUUGAGCUCUCCAAGUUCUACGAGAAACCACUAUGGACCCAGGCCUAUGACAACAUCCAAGCUGGACUGGCGGAGCUCAGAAACUCGUGGCUGGCCCAGACGAGAACCCACGGCGGCACUCCCAGAGUACCGCUGAUCCCUGCUCUGUUUAUUGCCCAAAGCUUCAACCUCAGCACGGAGCCCACGCAUCUGCUGUACAAGCGUCUCAUGAUGUACCUGCGACUGAAGCAGAGCUUCAACUUCCAGACCAUACCGGACUUCAAUGUGUUCUUCUACUCCCAGGAGACGGAACACCAGCAAUACCGUGAGUUUAUUGUGGAGCUGCUGCGCUGUGGAAUCAAGUGCAGCGCCGAUCUCUUCCUGCUGGUGUCCACCAACACGUUCAAGGUCCUGCUCGGCUUCUACGGAUCCAGUUUGGCCACUCUCGAGACUAAUCUGUUGCUGUUGUCGGUGCUCUCCACCUGCGUGAAGAUUCCCGGUGCUGUCAAGAUUAUGUUGGAGCAUGUGGGCAUUCUGUCGUGGCUGGUGGGCGUCAUCCGCGACACGGAGUUCCAUCAGUUUGACAUAAUCGAAGGCAUCAUUAGCAUAAUCAACAAUCUGUGGUAUGCUCUGGCAGCGGCUCGCUCGGAGCUUCCGGAGUACGAUCACAUCCAGCUGCGUCUGUAUCGGCUGGUACUGCAACUACUGCCCUUGCUCUCGCCACGGAUAUCGGUGCCUGGGAUGGGACGCCUUCUGAAUGUGCUGUGGAAGACGGGCUCUGCCACUGGUCAGCAUCGUGCUCUACCCGCUGAACAAUUGGACGUCCUGCUAGAGUGUCUCUCCCGGCAUUGGCCAGAUCUGCUGCCAGGAGUGCGCUAUGUGAAGAGCUUCGGUGGCCUGGGAGCUUGUUCCCGAUCGGAGUACUGCAACUGGCUGGCAAACGAACACCAGCUAGAGGUCCCAGCUAUACUGGCCCUAUCCAGUCUACGCGAAUAUGUCGGCGACUGGUGGCGGGCACACAAUGUUGAAAAGGAUCAGAGGCAGCUGACGGAGUCGGCUGAUUAGGAAAGAUUUUAUAAAAUUGUAUUCCCUAAGCUGAAAAUUUGUUUUUAUAGAAUUUAGAUAUGUAAUAAAUUGUAUGCAAUGAAACAUAAAA